UCCUCCUCUGCCGGUGGGCGGAGCUUGAGUCUCAGUUGACUUCAGUAAGUUUGAGCCGCAGACCCGCAGCUGCCGCGUCUGUGAAUCAUGGCUCGCAGUGACGGCUGAGGAUCAGUGGCGUCUUUCACACACACACUUCUGACUGGAGUGUGUUCUUCCAGGUCCUGUAGUGGAUGGAGUGUGUCGUGUGUGUGUGGUCAUGGCCACCGGCUGCUCCAGGAGCGACUGCAGCAUUAGCACAGAGCUGCACGCCGUUGUUUCAUGUGCCAAACUCAAGAGGAAGAAGAACUGGUUCGGGACGGCCGUCUAUGUGGAAGUGACGUCAGACGGAGAGAGCCGGAAAACCGCCAAAUCCCACUGUGUGUCCAGCCCUAAGUGGGAGGAGCGGCUGACGCUGAAUAUAGCUCCACACGCACCGCUGGAGUUCCGGGUCUGGAGUCAUCACGCUCUCAAGGCAGACACACUGCUGGGUCGAGCCGCACUGGACCUGAUUGGGACACUCCGCAAACAUGACGGCAAAUUGGAGAAUGUGCGGGAGGUGCUGCCUCUGACUGCGGACGGGAAGCACGGCGUCGUGUCCACCGGAGAACUCACAGUGUUCCUGGAUGGGCUCUCGCUGGACCCGCAGCUCCUGCACAGCGCUAACACACCCACCGCCAGCAAAGUCCACCAGAAUGGAGACGCUCUUCAUGAGAACACAGACGACAGCUCUGCACGGCCUCAGCACAGGUCUGUGAAUGGCUCAGACGGAGCUGAGAAUGAAGCUCCGCCCACCUCCUCUGCCAGCAGUGAGUGCAGACCCUCCCCCCUCCUCAAUGGAGACAGAGACUCCUCCCCUUCACACCAGAGCCCCAGCCCUAAGGCCACACCCUCAGCACAGGCCCUGCCCUCAGGACAGGCCACGCCCCCAGAACAGGCCUCCAGCAGUGCAGCCAUGAACGGCGAGGCCAGUGAGUCUGCGUGUGCGGGUGAGAGUGCCGCGGCUGAUGCUCCCUGCAGCUCCUCUUCCUCUCCUGCAGGUGGAGCCGCCGCUGCACACACACUCUCUGCAGCGGACACACACACACCUGCUGCCCCCAGCACACCUGCACCUGACGGAGGAAAACCAGCACAGCAGCAGCCCACAGGCGGAGCGGAGCCACUGCCACCCGGCUGGGAGCAGAGGAAGGAUCCUCAUGGCAGGACGUAUUACGUGGAUCACAACACAAGAACGACAACCUGGGAGAGACCGCAGCCGCUGCCACUGGGCUGGGAGCGCCGGGUGGAUAACCGCGGCCGCAUCUAUUACGUGGACCACAACACGCGCACCACCACCUGGCAGCGGCCCACCAUGGAGUCCGUGCGCAACUUCGAGCAGUGGCAGUCUCAGCGCAGCCAGCUGCAGGGGGCCAUGCACCAGUUCAACCAGAGAUACCUGUACUCGGCCUCCAUGAUGUCCGCUGAGAAUGACCCUCUGGGGCCGCUGCCGCCCGGCUGGGAGCGCCGCGUGGACACCAAUGACCGCGUCUACUUCGUCAAUCAUAACACGAAGACCACGCAGUGGGAAGAUCCGCGCACACAGGGGCUCCAGAACGAGGACCCGCUCCCCGAGGGCUGGGAGAUCCGCUACACCCGCGAGGGCGUCCGCUACUUCGUGGACCACAACACCCGCACCACCACCUUCAGCGACCCGCGCACCGGCAAAUCCGCUGUCACUAAAGGUCCACAAAUUGCGUACGAGCGGAGCUUCAGAUGGAAACUGGCUCACUUCCGUUAUCUGUGUCAGUCCAACGCUCUGGCCAGCCAUGUAAAGAUCACGGUGUCCCGACAGACUCUGUUUGAGGACUCCUUCCAGCAGAUCAUGAACUUUAAGCCAUAUGACCUGCGGAGGCGUCUGUAUGUGAUCUUCAGAGGAGAGGAGGGACUGGACUACGGAGGCCUUGCACGGGAGUGGUUCUUUCUCCUCUCCCACGAGGUGUUGAACCCCAUGUACUGCCUCUUCGAGUACGCCGGCAAGAGCAACUACUGCCUGCAGAUCAACCCAGCGUCCACCAUCAACCCAGACCACCUGUCCUACUUCUGCUUCAUCGGCCGCUUCAUCGCCAUGGCGCUCUUCCACGGUAAGUUCAUCGACACCGGCUUCUCUCUGCCGUUCUACAAGCGAAUGCUGAGCAAGAAGCUGAUCCUGAAGGACCUGGAGUCCAUCGACCCAGAGUUCUACAACUCCCUGAUCUGGAUACGAGAUAAUAACAUCGAGGAGUGUGGGCUGGAGAUGUUCUUCUCGGUGGACAUGGAGAUUCUGGGGAAGAUCAGUUCACACGACCUGAAGGAGGACGGAGCCAACGUGCAGGUGACGGAGGAGAACAAGGAGGAGUACAUCGGGCUGAUGGCGGAGUGGCGUUUCUCUCGUGGUGUGGAGUCUCAGACUAAAGCGUUUCUGGACGGCUUUAAUGAGGUGGUGCCGCUGCAGUGGCUGCAGUACUUUGAUGAAAAGGAGCUGGAGGUGAUGCUUUGCGGGAUGCAGGAGGUGGAUCUGCAGGACUGGCAGAGGAACACUGUGUAUCGCCACUACACACGCAACAGCAAGCAGAUCAUCUGGUUCUGGCAGCUGGUGAAGGAGGUGGACAAUGAGGUGCGUCUGCGUUUAAUGCAGUUUGUGACGGGCACCUGCAGACUCCCUCUGGGCGGCUUCGCAGAGCUCAUGGGCAGUAACGGGCCGCAGAAGUUCUGCAUAGAGAAGGUGGGCAAGGACACCUGGCUGCCCCGCAGUCACACCUGCUUUAACCGUCUGGAUCUGCCGCCGUAUAAGAGCUUCGAGCAGCUGAAGGAGAAGCUGCUGUUCGCCAUCGAGGAGACGGAGGGCUUCGGGCAGGAGUGACCCCUGACCCCGGCGCAUCGGCCAAGUACAACACAAGCGUGACCCUGGCACAGGUGAUCAGCGAUGUACAUAAGCUACUGUCAUUUUAAACCAAAUGUUUCUCUGGGCGAGCUGCGGGCGAGCGCUCCGUCACGGACUCCUCAUGAAUAUGCAAGCGUCUCCACUUCUCUGAUCCCUCCUCUGGCUCCGCCUCCAGCUGCUUCCUUCAUCCGCCGGUUUUUAAGAUGAGUCAUAGAGCAGUUACAGUAGAGUCAGCGACGGCUCUAGUUUUAUAGAGCUGCUGACGAGUAUAGAGUCUGCUGUCGGACACACUUCUGCUAGACAAGCGCUUGCAUGGCUGCCUGCAGAGCCAGAACACACACACACACACACACACACAUCUGCAGAGACAGAAUACACACACACACACACAUCUGCAGAGACAGAAUACACACACACACACACACACAGACACAUCUGCAGAGACAGAAUACACACACACACACACACACACACAUCUGCAGAGACAGAAUACACACACACACACAGUUCUAUGUCCCACAUAUCUCUGCAGUGUUGCCGUGGUGACCCAGUCGUCCUGUAGGGGCGCUGCAGUGUUGCCGUGGUGACCCCGCGGGGGCGCUGCUCCUGCACUUCAUCAUUUCUGUGGCCUUUGACCGUCAGCAGUGGGAAACUGUGUCCAUCAUCAUCAUCAUCAUCAUCUUCAUCUUUCAUAUUAAAACAUGUUUAAAUCA